CUGCACUAUGGGACCCUCCUGGGCAGCAGAGCUUGUGCCCACAUGGCAGCAGCUGCCUGGGCCAGUGCCUUUCUCAAUGCCCUGCUACUCACGGCAAAUACAUUUUCCCUGCCCCUGUGCCACGGCAAUGCCCUGGGCCAGUUCUUCUGUGAAAUCCCCCAGCUCCUCAAGCUCUCCUGCUCACACUCCAAACUUAGGGAACUUGGGCUCACUGUGCUAAGUGCCAUUCUAUUUUUUGCUUGUUUUGUGUUCAUUGUUUUCUCCUAUGUGCAGAUCUUCAGGGCUGUGCUGAGGAUCCCCUCUGAGCAGGGACGGCACAAAGCCUUUUCCACCUGCCUCCCUCACCUGGCUGUGGUCUCCCUGUUUAUCAGCACUGCCACAUUUUCCUACCUGAAGCCGCCCUCCAUCUCCUCCCCAUCCCUAGAUCUGGCUCUGUCAGUUCUGUACUCAGUGGUGCCUCCAUCUGUCCCUGACUCUGUCUUUUCCUCCUCUGACGCUGUGACCACUCCUCCCACUGGUGUGCGCAGCCCGCCUCCCGCCGGCCCCCGGGCCCGCUCCGCGAUCCGAGCCGACCUCCGCACCGGCCUGGCCGCCCUGCUCUGCCGCCGCGCCGCCGUGCCCACCACGGAAAAGCGCCCCUCCUGA